AUUCAGGACAACUGUGACCAAACUACUUGGCUUUCUAGUCAUAAAGGGGAAGCAGCAGUAGUAGAGCUGGUUAUUCUUGGACAGAUUAAAGAUGAGAUUCCCAAAGCUAAAUCAGACAAACUAAGUGUUACAGAGAACUGUUCUGUGGUUAUGAAGAAUGUCACAUAUGAGGAUGUUGGUCGUUACACCUGCAGACAGUUCAACAGAUCAGGACAACAACAAGGUCCAGAUGCUGUGGUUCAUCUGUCUGUUGUUUACUUGAUUGAGGUGAUUGAGGAUAAUACGGUCAUCUUGAUCUGCUCUGUGUUUCCAUAUUAUGGAUGUGAACACACAGUGAAGUGGCUGUAUGAGGGUAAUGAGAAAGACGUGGAGAUGGCACAGUUUCCCUGUUCAGCCAGUGUGUCAUUAUUAACUCCUCAUCUUAAUCAGAAGUUACUGAAGUGUAAUGUGACAGAUAAUAAGAAUGGAAACACGCUGCUGUGUAAUGUCGGCCCCCAGUCCUCUAGUAAGAACACAGGGGGGAGAAACAAAACAUCUGCAAAGGAUGGCACUCUAACUAAACAAGGUAUGCUAAAUGAGAAUAAACCCCCCCAAUGUGAAUAUCUCCAUUUAACAUGUUUAUUUUUAUCUUCAGGUUAUUUGUGGUUCAUCAUGGUGUCUGUGGGUUUAGCAGCACUCAUAAUAACUGUUGUGGCAGUCAACAUAUGGAUGAGAACUAAAGAGAACAGAACACGGAUGGAUGACAAUGCUGAGCAUCAUGAUGAAGGUACAGUGACCUAUGAAAACGUUGGAGAACCUUCUGCUUCUAUCAUACUCCACUGAUGAACAACUUCAACUCAUAAAAAGAAAUGAAAAAAAAAUGUCUGUAUCAUAAAUUUGAGGAUUAGGCUAUCUUAUGUAUUUACACCUCAAGUCUUGAAGCUUAAAGCGUAACU